UUUCAAUGCAGCCACUUUGCAUCGUCCUUGUGUCCAUUUCGCAAUUUUCCAAUUUCCCCAGCUGACUCUUGCUGCGCAAUAGAAAAGUGGCAACAACAAAACAUGAAUACAUGCACACACACACACACACACAUACGCAUAGACUAAUCGCUUCUGUUUUCGUUGCUGCUUUAUUGCGCCGUUUGUUUAUGUUGCCCAUUCGCUGCGCGGCCGUUGUGCAAUUGGCUCCCAUUUUCCACAUUUAAUUUUGGAAUCUGUGCCACGCUGCUUGCCAAAUUACAUAUUCUAGAAUAAUCGAGAAUUUUCGAAAGUGUUGCAUUUCAUUUCCAUUCAAAUCGUUCGUAUCUUUUCUCUUUGUCGCACAUACAGACACACAAACAAACGCACACUUGUUUGCUCAUGUGUGUGUGUGUGUGCGAGUCACGUUUAACGGUUUCCUUCCGUGUGUUUGCUUACAGCGAGCUGACCGCGAGCGGAGCUUUAACGACGACCUCAAACAAAGAACAAAGAAAGCGCGAGUGCAGUUGCCAUUGCCUUGUAGCAACCAAGCCAUAUAGACAGCUGGCUCUAACCGGUGGUAACCAAAUUCGCACUUGGUCGAAACCAGUUGCUGCAGCUGCCUAACGUCGCAGACAACAAAGAGCUCGGAGGGAAUAUGGAUGCCCAGGAGAAGAGGAGCGCACAGUCGGGACAAUCGGGCGACCAGGAUGAGCACGACGAGCGCCGGACCCGGACGGACAGCGAGAGUUCCGUGGACAGCAUGACGCGCUUCGUGCUGCCCAGCUUGGAUGGCACUCCGCCGAAGAUCGUGACCAUGGACGAGGUGUCCAGCAUGUUCAAGAAUCUGCGCAACAUGGAGCUGGCCCACGAGAUAGCCCUCAAUCCGGACUUCAAGCUGCAGAAGUACGAGCCGCCCUCGGAUAGUUUGGAGGGCGCCAUCAAGAAGAUGGUGCACAAGGCCUUCUGGGAUCUGCUGCGUCAGCAGCUAGACCGCCAGCCGCCAUCGUAUGAUCAGGCCAUCCGGCUGCUGGCCGAGAUCAAGGAGUGCUUCCCCCAGCUGCUGUCGCCCAACAACGAACGUGCCCUGGCCCACAUCAACGAGGUGCUGGAUGACUCUGUCAUCCGCCAGCAGGCGGAGCGGGGUACCCUGGACUUUCGGGCGUAUGCCAACUUUGUGAUCAACAUCCUGUCGCGAUCCUGUUCGCCAGCAAGAGACGAAGCGGUGGCCGCCCUGCGGGAGAUCGAGGAUGUGGUUGACACGUUCCGCAGCAUCCUCGAGCUGAUGACGCUGAUGAAGCUGGACAUGGCCAACUUUAUGCUAGGCCUGGCGCGCACCGAGAUCGCCGCCAAUUCGGUGCAGUACGAGAAGGAGAAGUUCAGCAAGUACCUGCGCGAGUUCCAUGGAAAUGUUGGUUUUCCGGCCACUGAGGAUUGGCUGCUGCGUCACCGGUCCGGGAGCAGCGUAGAUGAGACCAUUUACAAUGCCUACAUGGAGCUCAUUGACUAUCCGGCCGACAAGGAGUUCCCGGAGCUGCUGCGCAUCGACAAGGAGCGCUUUGCCGGCCUGAGCUGGCGCGCCCAGCGCUUGAUCUUGUGUGCCUCGCUCAUCUCGGUGGCCCAGAGCACGCCCAUCAUUUCGCAGCGCCGCGAGAAUCGCAUAAAGCUGGCCCAGCAGCUGGACAUCAUUGUGCAGGACAUCAAGAACCAGGACCAAGUAGCCACUGCCAUCGAGAGCUGCUACGAGCAGAUUCGUUCCUUUGUGAACAAGGCCCUGGAGCAGGAGAACAUGCCCGUGAUGAGUGAUGACGACCAGGCGGCGCUGAAGAACCAGGUGCUCAAGCUGGCCAACAAGGCGUCGCCAGUGCCCAGUUUGAUGGCCAAGCGAUUGGAUGGCUAUGUGCGGGUAACCCUGCGUUCCAAUGGCAGCAUUCCGCCGCCGCCCUCGGGAUUCGCCGACUACCAAGAAGAGCUGGUUGCAUUUAUAGCCUCGUUCCGUCGCCUGGUGUCCUACAACCAUGCCGUAUUCGGCGAGCACUUUCACCAGAUCCUCAACAAAACGUUGGCCGGCGAGGAAACUGAGACUGCCGCUCCCACGGCCAGUGGCAUAACCGCCGGCCAGGCCCAGACUGCCAAGCCUUAGGAGGGCGGGAGUGGAUUUGUCUACCGUCUAAGGCAACACAAGAUACCAGCAUACAACCAUCAGACACACCUGUAGGCGACCGGCAGAUGGCGGAGAUCUGCAUGAUGUUGGGGCAGCCGGAGUGGCGGACAGCAUCUUCUGGGCAAAAGGAGGCGAGCAGAUUGUUCUACGUUUCUUUCCAUUUCGCAGAUGUUUUUCCAUAUGACGUGACACUUGCGUAGAAAUUUUGACGCACACCCGUAACCACCAAGUAGAAACCAAUACUCCAGAUCCAAAUCCGCGUGCAAUACAAAUGGGAUUUGAGUUGGAUGUGAAGAAUCAAGAACGUGUUGGGGCGUCUGUGAUAACAAGAAUAUUCAACAUGAAAUUCAAAUUUGAGGGGCCUACGAAAAGCGAACUCGAUUGUGUGUGCUCCUCAAUAUUCGUAAUCUUAACCCUCUCUUCAGACUUACGAUAAAUAUACAUAUAUUAUAUUA